UGGAGUCCUGUACCCAGAGUGUGUCUGACCCUGUGCUGUCUCCGUCCCUCUGUGUUGCAUCGUAACCAUCACCAUGGCACCCAAGAAGAAGGAAGAGCCCAAACCAGUAGCUGCACCCAAGCCCCCAGAGCCUGAGCCCCCCAAGGAGCCAGAGUUUAACCCAGCUGAAGUCAAGAUCGAAUUCACUGCUGAGCAGAUUGAGGAUUUCAAGGAUGCGUUCCAGCUGUUUGACAGGACGCCAACCAACGAGAUGAAAAUCACCUACGCUCAGUGUGGUGAUCUGAUCCGGGCUUUGGGUCAGAACCCCACCAACGCUGAAGUUAUGCACGUGUUAGGCAAACCCAAAGCUGAAGAAAUGCAAGUGAAGAUGCUUGAUUUUGAUCAGUUCCUGCCCAUUCAUCAACACAUCUGCAAGGCCAAAGACCGCGGCACCUUUGAAGACUUUGUUGAGGGCCUGAGAGUGUUCGACAAAGAGGGCAAUGGAACAGUGAUGGGUGCUGAACUCAGACACGUCCUCGCUACCCUGGGUGAGAAGAUGAAGGAAGAUGAGGUUGAGCAGCUGAUGGCUGGACAGGAGGAUGCGAAUGGCUGUAUAAACUACGAAGCUUUUGUAAAGCACAUCAUGGCUGGCUGAACAGCCCACACAGGUGUUUCCUGCCAUUGGUCCACUGUCCUCACUGUCUCCGACUCUCUCUCAAACGUACCUUUUUUGUGUGGCUCCUCAGUCUGUUACGCCUAAAUGAUUCCUUCAUCAUAACUGUUCAUCAAUACAAAAAAAAAAAAAAAAGUUUAAUAAAUGUCACACUUGGUUUAAACAGC